UACUGAGCUUCUAUAAAGUGAGAGAAGAAAACACGAGCUUGAAGAGCGCGUCUGUAAACAAGCGGAGCUCCUUCUGUCCCCGCCAGUCUGCUCUAUUCAUCAGUCCUCUGUCCAGUUUCAGUCGUCUCCCUGCUCUGACCCAUGGACGUGUGCAGUAUCACUUCACUGACAGAACCACCCUUUAACACAGAUCAUGAAUGACAAACUCGUCUUUUUGGGCCUCCUGUACUUUGUCCAGGGGAUUCCCUAUGGCCUCCAGUCCUCGCUGCUGCCCGUCUACCUGCGCGGCGCCGGCCACUCCUUCACCCGCAUCGCCUUCACCAAGGUCCUCUACUUCCCCUGGGUCCUCAAGGUGCUCUGGGCCCCUCUGGUGGACCGGCUCAGCACCAAGCGUCGCUGGCUGGUGGCAACGGUGACCGGUCUGGCCCUGACAUGCCUCUCCAGCGCCGCCUUGGCCCCGGAGGCACAUAUGUGGGGAGUGGCGGGGACCCUGCUUGCCAUGAACAGCCUGGCCUCUGUGCAGGACAUCGCCGUAGACGGCGCGGCGGUGCGUCUGCUGAAGGGUCGAGGAGAGCUGGGCCUGGGAAACAUGGCGCAGGUGGUGGGCUAUAAAGCCGGCUCGGUGUUUGCCGGAGGCGGCCUGCUGGCCGUCAUCGACGUGGCUGGGUGGAGCUGGAUGUUCAUGCUGCUGACGUUCGUGUACGCCGGCGUGGCUCUGUUUGUGUGGGGGGCGCCGGUGCUGGACGAAGAGACUGUGAAGGGCCAGCAGGCGGACGGCGGCAGGAAGGGAGGACAGGGAGCGGACGCUGUGCAGCCGUGGAGGGUGUGGAGGAAGCUCCUGGCAGUGCCCGGGACACCGUGGACUGUCCUGUACGUCCUCACAUAUAAACUGGGAAUGGCCAUCCUCAGCAUGAGUGUUCAACACUUCCUGGGCGGUCUCAUCACCACGCUCACCUUCACUACCAUGAUGCAUUGCACUCAGAGGGCCGAGGAGAGCAUUCAGGCGACUCACUACAGUUUCCUGGCGACUCUGGAGGUUCUGGGGAAGCUGACGUUCAGCGCUCUGGCGGGCGGCGUGGUGGACAUGUUCGGGUUCCAGGUUGCCUUCCUCUUCUUCCUCACGCUGUCGGCCGGGACAGCGCUGCACGUGUGGACGGCGACGUUCACCGGCGCCCUCAGAGAACACCAGCUCAAAGAACAGCCCAAGUGAGGUCGGGGGUGAAAGGUCGUAGGAAAGUGUUGGAAGUAGCUUCCGCUUGACUCCUCGAUCCCACCCAUGAAAUUCAGCCUUUCACCACUUUAGCCAAUCAUUUCGCUACAGAGGAACUUUUUAAAAGGAGAAAUCAGCCAUUUUGUUAGUUUUUCUUUGAAAUUCACAGUCAAAACUGACCUUACAUUUUGUCUUGCACUUAAAAAUGAUCUCUAAGGUCUUAAUAUUUAGGCUAGCAUGAUGACAUUUUACAGAUAUGAUAUACAGAGUUUUCUGGACAGAAUGAGACCAGUUCAUCCAGUCAACAGUGUUUCCCAUUAUUAUUAUUAUUGUUGUUCAUAAUUAUUAAUACAAAUAAUAAUAAUAACAACAAUAACAAUGAUUGCGAUUCGUAAACGAUUCUAAGGUGAUUUAAGUUAUAAUUAACGCAUUAAUGUUUUUAAAAACAUGAAUUUAAUUA